AUGUCUGAUGGUUGGACUGAUGGAAGGGGGCGUUCUAUCACUAACUUUUUAGCGAAUAGCCCUAGUGGAACUAUUUUUCUUAAAUCUAUUGAUACAUCAAGUAUAUCUCACAGUUGUGAAAAUAUGUUUGAAUUGCUUGACUCAUUGGUUGAAGAAAUUGGUGAAGACCAUGUGGUACAAGUUUUGACAGAUAGUGUUUCAGCUUAUGUUUUAGCAGGUGAGAAGCUAAUGGAAAAGAGGAAAAAACUUUUUUGGUCUUCAUGUGCUGCACAUUGUACUGAUUUGAUGUUAGAAGAUAUUGGACAAUUGCCAAUGCAUGCUAAUACCCUCUCCAAGGCUAAGCAAAUUACCACUUUUAUCUAUCAACAUACAUUAUUGAUAAAUAUGAUUAGAAAGUUUGCUAAUGGCUAUGAUUUGAUUUGGGCCGGGGUGACAAGAUUUACUACUUCCUAUCUUACUUUGAGUCGUAUGCAUGAGUUGAAGAAGGCAUUGAGAAGUUUGUUUGUUUUUGAAGAAUGGUUAAAUAGUCCGUUUGCAAAAAAGAGUGAUGGCAAGAAGAUGGAAAAUUUGGUUGUUGGUGAUGCAAAAUUUUGGGAUGCCAUUGUGUAUUACUUGAAAAGUGUUAUACCAUUAGUUAAAGUUUUGAGACUUGUUGAUGGAGAUUUUAAGCCUGUAAUGGGAUACAUCUUUGAGGCUAUGGAUAGAGCAAAAGAAAAAAUAGCAAAAAAUUUUGAUGAUGUGAGCUCAAGAUUUCACUUUGAUCCUAUUUUCAACUAUCAAGAUGAGAAAGUGACAGUUGGUUUAAUUCAAACUAUUGAGAGGACGUAUUCGGAUGUUCCAACAAGGCUGAAGAUAGAUAGGCAACUUGAAAAUUUUAAAAAGGCUGAGGGGAUGUUUUUAAUGGAUCUGGCGAUUGUAACAAGAGAUAAAAAGCAUUCAGGUCCUAGGAACUUACAAAUGCAAACAAAAAAGAAAGGAAUAAAGAUCGAGAUACAAGAAGAAAUUCAAUAUGUCGAAAAUGAUAAUGAUGAAGAAUUUGAUGAAUAUUUAAAUCAGAGAGAAGCUGGAGAUAGUGAUGUAGCAAAUUUGGACAUUGAUGAUGAUUUUUGA